AUGAUCUCUCGAUGGCUCUUCUUUGGUUGCAGUGACAGCAACAGUGCUUCUCCAGAUUAUGGAUCUCCAAGCAAUUCCUUUGUCAUGCAAGAAGCAAAUUCGAACACAAGACCCUCUUCUUCCUUUCAAAUUCAUCCACAACAACCACCCUUCUCCUCCUUCUCAACAGCUCAAGUAUUGCUCUAUCUUUUCUAUGUGUAUUUGGCCCUAAUUGUGACAAAAUGUUUCAUUUUAUUCCUGACCUCGUUAUAUGACAGGUUUUGUGGAAAUAAUUCUUCAAGUUCAUCUUCCAUGCCAAAUUCCUCUAAUUUAUCAUCAUCACCAUCAACUGACACCUCUUCAUUGUCCUCGAAUCAUGUACAUAAGAUUUUGUCUCUCAAGUUGCAUACUGCAAUUUCACAAACUUGGAGACAUCGGAAAUGGAUUGCUGCAAUGCUCGGAAUGUUCUCUACGUUUUUCAUCAUGAUUUAUUCACAUCAUCAUCACUCAUCCAUGAGUAGCUGCUUCUCGAGGCAGUUUUCACACUCAUUCAGUCUUUCCACUCAUAACAAUUUCACUCAAAUCAUCACUACUAAAACAAUGUCCUCUGCACAAAGCAAGACCAUCUCAUUCCCAAAGUUUGCAACGAAUCACAAUUCGUGCGUAUAUUCCCCAGCAAAACAUCUUGCAAAUUUGUGGAAUAUGGCAAAAGAAAAUGCACUUUUAGGUGGAGCUCAAAAUUUGAGAAAUUCACAAAAACAAUUGCAUGCAUUGGAAUCUUUAUUGAGAAGUGCUGUGAAUAUCUUAACUCUAACCAUCAAACUUUUAUAUGUGUACUUGUCACUCAUUGGACUUGUGAUUAUUAUUAGGUGGUUGGCAUUUGGCAGUCUUUCAUUAAAUUCAGCAAUGCAUAUUUAUGGACCGCCUGCAUAUUCUGUCACAAGCACGGUUGCAAGUACGAAUAUGAAAAUAAAUUCAUUCCGUAUGCCUUAG